UUAGGUUAUGUAACUGUCAUCACAUAUCCAUAACUUCGUCCGGUGUUAUUCCCCCGCGGCCGCAUUAGAAAAUGAAACACAUUAAGUUCAUCGCUCGAACAGUGUUCGUACAAAACAAUAACGUCGAAGAAGCCUGCCGUGUAUUGAAUCGAAUCCUAGGAAAGGAGGAAAUCUUCGAUCAGUUCCGGAGGACUCGCUACUAUGAAAAGCCAUUCCAGGUCCGCCGCCGUGUAAACUUUGAAAAGUGCAAGUCAAUAUACAACGAGGAUAUGGACCGGAAAAUCCAAUUCAUUCUCAGGAAAAAUCGAGUCGAACCGUUUCCGGGUUGCAACUAAAGCCUGACUUCGCCGUAGAAAUAAUGAUGUUAUCCUAAGGAUGUUAAUAAAGUAAUUGUGUUUAACUAA